AUGUUCGACUCUUCUAUGAAGCUGGAAUCAGACGAGGACGAGCACGUCCGGGCCCCUGGGGGCCUCCAUGAAGCGGGGAGCUGCCUGCAGUGGGCCUGUAAAGCCUGUAAGCGUAAAUCGAGCAGCGUGGAUCGCAGGCGUGCCGCCACCAUGCGAGAGAGACGCAGGCUGAAAAAGGUGAACCAUGCAUUCGAAGCUCUGCGUCGCUGCACCUCGGCCAACCCCAGCCAGAGGCUUCCCAAAGUGGAGAUCCUGAGGAACGCCAUCAACUACAUCGAGAGCCUGCAGGAGCUGUUGAGGGAACGGGUGGAGAACUACUACAGCCAAGAGAGCAGCUCUGAACCUGCCAGUCCAUCAUCAUCGUCCACCUGCUCUGACAGCAUGGCUGAGUGCAGUCCUGUCUGGUCUCAGAUCAGUUUAAACCCGGCUGCUGGAGUGUACAGUUAUGAAACUCAAAACGAAGGAGUUACGGAGAGAUCUGCAGGAGCGACGAGUUUACAGUGUUUGUCCAGCAUCGUGGAGAGACUGUCCUCCAGCAGCACGGACGCUCUUUCACCAAGUCCCUGUGAGUCGCAGUGCAGCACUCCAGAGAGUCCCAACACACUCGUCUACCACGUCCUGUAGGAGGCACACCAAGUGUGUGUGUGUGCGUGUGCGUGUGCACAUACCUGGGGUCGGGCAUCAUGUCUAAUAUCCUGUUACAGUAAUCUACAAUAUCCUUCACACACACACACACACACACACACACACACACACACAAUGUAUUUGUAAUUACACUUGCUGUAAAUAUUUCAUUCUUGUUUUAUGGAUAAUUAUCAUUUUUUGAAUGAUAUUAAUUUAGUUGAUUUUUCUGUAUU